AAAUGUAAACCACGCUAGACUAUUGACGCUUGAGAGGGUUCCAGAAUCCGUUAGAACAAUUUACAGCCAUGUCAGAUUCUAAAGAAGAAAGACGCUGAGAGACAGAAGCAACCUUUUCGAUGAGCAAACCCAGAACAGUAAAGCUGUUUAGUCCCUCACUGUCGAAGCUAGUCCAGUUGGUGGCAUGGGACGAGCAGAGACUGGACUUUGGGUCCAUUGCCGGAGCUUUUGGUCUCGACCCAUCAACGGUGAAGCUCAAUGGUCACUUUAUCAGCAGAGGGAUGGAUCUUGUAUCUACUUCUGUUACUUGGAGAUCGCUGCUCAAGUUUUUCUCUGCUAAGGGAUUGCCUACAGGGAAAGACGAUCAGGAAGCACUUAUUGUGGAUGGCAAGCUCUGUAAAUUGGGAAGUAAAAGAUCACAAAACUCUCAAGAUGCUGUAGAUAAUGAAAAUAGCAGUAGUCAUAAGCCAUUAUCUGAAGAAAACAACUCGCUCAAGAAGAAGAAGCUGCGAGACGGCAGCUCAGGAGGUGAUAAUAAUCAUAAUGCGCCCAGACCCAUAAGCAAUGGCAUUGGCUUCAAGAGAAAGCAACUGCUGGAAGAUUUUGGUUUCCUCAAGAAGUUAAAAAUCAAUGAAUCAAGCUGAGAUUUUCCGGGCAAAGGAGCUAAUUGCUUGAGCCCCCAUUUCAAGUGCGCAAUUAAAAUGCAGUUACCUGAGUGAAAAUGUGAAACGGCCCAAGGAAAACGAGGAGAUCGCUGCCACUCCUUGCAAAAGAAUACGAUUAGACUCUUGUUUGCCAAUUGAUAUAAAAACUCAUUACCUCUUUGUGAUUUUAUGCAUGGUUACAUGUCUUUUAUAGAGCCUGAAAUAUGAUGUUUGUGAUU